AUGGUUCGGGAAACCAGACAUUUAUGGGUGGGAAAUUUACCCGAAAAUGUGCGAGAGGAGAAAAUCAUCGAGCACUUUAAGCGAUAUGGACGAGUGGAAAGUGUCAAAGUCCUGCCUAAACGGGGGUCAGAGGGCGGGGUUGCGGCCUUUGUGGAUUUUGUUGACAUCAAAAGUGCUCAGAAGGCUCACAAUGCUAUCAACAAGAUGGGGGACAGAGACUUGCGCACUGAUUACAAUGAACCAGGAACCAUUCCUACUGCCGCGAGGGGGCUGGACGAUAGUCUGUCCUUAGGCUCUCGUGGCCGGGAUGUAUCAGGGUUCACACGUGCGACAGGGGGGGGGGUGUAUGGCCCCCCAACGUCGCUACACAGCAGAGAUGGACGCUAUGAACGAAGACUAGACGGGACUUCUGAAAGUAGAGAGCGGGCAUACGACCACGGUGCUUAUGGUCACCACGAGCGUCAAGGAAGCGGCUUUGAACGACAACGGCAUUAUGACACGGACUACUAUGCGAGAGAAAGGACUCUAAGCUCAUCUGGGAAUAGUUCUAAUGCGGCCAUGGGAAACAGUACAACAUUGUCCUCCGGACCUCGUUAUGAUUCUCGGACCAGGGAAGCCUUUACGUUGGCUAGUGUGGUUCACAGGGACCUUUACAGAGAGGACAGGGCUCGACGCAAAGAACGGUCAUUUCGACAGAGUCGCAGUCGCUCUCCACACUCUGCGCAUUCGCGAAACCCCUCCCCCCAGAGGCUGGCAAGCCAGGCUAGUAGGCCUCCACGCUCCCACAGUGGUUCUGGCUCUCGCAGCCGCUCCUCCAGUUCAGACUCUGUCAGCAGCACCAGCAGCAGCACUAGUGGCAGUGAUUCCAGCAGUAGUUCAAGUGAUGAAUCACCAGCACGCUCUGUGCAGUCAGCUGCUAUUCCAGCACCAUCAGCACUUCCUUUAUCAUCUCUUGACAAGGAGGAACCACGUAAAAGUUUUGGCAUCAAGGUCCAAAAUCUUCCCGUACGAUCUACAGAUACAAGUCUUAAAGAUGGCUUGUUUCAUGAAUUCAAAAAACACGGAAAGGUCACAUCUGUACAAAUUCAUGGAGCUUCAGAAGAGCGCUAUGGACUUGUCUUUUUCCGGCAGCAAGAAGACCAAGAAAAAGCUCUUGGCGCAUCAAAAGGAAAGCUUUUUUUUGGAAUGCAAAUUGACGUCACAGCCUGGAACGGCCCCGAGACUGAAAGUGAGAAUGAGUUCAGGCCUUUGGAUGAAAGGAUAGAUGAGUUUCAUCCAAAAGCUACAAGGACGUUGUUCAUUGGGAACUUGGAGAAAACCACCACAUAUCAUGAUCUGCUCAGCAUCUUUCAACGCUUUGGAGAGAUUGUGGAUAUCGACAUUAAGAAAGUGAAUGGAGCCCCGCAAUAUGCCUUUUUACAAUACUGUGACAUUGCAAGCGUGUGCAAAGCCAUUAAGAAGAUGGAUGGGGAGUACCUUGGAAACAAUAGACUUAAACUUGGCUUUGGAAAAAGCAUGCCUACGACAUGUGUUUGGCUUGAUGGAUUAGCGUCAAACACAACUGAGCAAUUUCUUACUCGACACUUCUGCCGCUAUGGACAUGUUGUCAAGGUUGUAUUUGACAGGAUGAAAGGAAUGGCCCUCAUCUUGUAUAACAACAUUGAAUAUGCUCAGGCCGCAGUCAAAGACACAAAAGGAUGGAAGAUAGGGGGCACUAAAAUAAAGGUGGACUUCGCCAACCAGGAGAGUCAGAUGGCUUUCUAUCGUUCAAUGCAAGCAUCUGGCCAGGAUAUUCGAGAUUUUUAUGACAUUCUUUCUGAAAGAAGAGACGAUCGACGCUCUCAAUAUGAGUUCCAAGUGGAAAGACAGUAUUAUGAAAAUACUCGCACACCAGGAACUUAUGCUGAAGAUCCUCGCCGUAAAUACACAAGCAGAAGUCGAGAGUUCUACGCUGAAUGGGAUCCAUAUCAAGGAGAUUACUAUGAAACGCAGUACUAUGACGACACCCGGGAAUAUCGAGAAUACAGAGCUGAUCCUUAUGAGCAAGAUAUUCGUAAAUAUAGUUACCUACAACGAGAACGUGAGAGGGAGAGAGAGCGUUUCGAGACUGAUCGUGGGCGUGACCAUGGUAGGAGAACCAUUGAGCGGAGCCAAAGUCCAUCUCUUGUUACCUCACGUCGUCCUGCAAGCCCAACCGAAUCCCUUUCAAUCUCUGAAAGGAUUGCUAGUGACUCUGAACGCCGAAUAUGUUGCCCCUCUUCUGAGAGAAGUGGUAGCUGCAGUUCAGUCUCUCCGACAAGAUUUGAAAAACUUGAAAAGACUCGUACGGAACGAUAUAUCAAAAUGGACAAAUUUGAAAAGGGUGUUUGUGAAGUAGAAAAGUUUCAUUCUCUUGAAAAGGAGAAGCGCAAUGGACGUAAAGAUCGCAGUGAUAAAGACAAAAGUGAGCGUCAGCGACUCAAAAAGCUCAAAGUAUCUUCACCAAUCACCCAAACGUGCGACACCAAACUUGGAUUUGAGCGAGACGAUUUGGAACCAGGCGAAGUACAGUCCGAUUCCGAUGAUGAUGGAGAAAGAAAACUAAUCUCUCACAAGUCAAGUAGUUCCUUGUCUUAUAUUCUGAGGGAGCGGGAUGAGAGGAUAACGGAUUUGAAACUUUGUGGUUCAUUGGAAAAGAAUAAAUUUUACUCAUUUGCAUUGGACAAAACUAUAACCCCUGAUACUAAAGCACUUCUCGAAAGAGCAAAAACACUUUAUUCUUCCCGGGAAGAAAACUGGUCCUUUCUUCCUUCUCGCUUCCCAACUACACACAGCUGCACGGACAAAAAUAAGGUAGAACUCGCACCCCGACCAAUUCCCUCUUGGUAUAUGAAGAAGAAGAAGACUCGUACGAACUCUGCUGAAGAUCUGCACAACAAAAAAGAGGAACUUAAGCCUCAGGACCAAGAACGCCAGGAACUGUUUGCCUCUCGCUUUCUACAUAGCUCAAUCUUUGAACAGGACUCUCGCCGUCUGCGGCACCUUGAACGUAAAGACCAACAUUCUGAAACAGGUGUUGAUGGGAAUUUUGCUGAGCUAGGUGAUCCUGAAGUACAAAUAGAAUCUGAAGAUGUGGACAUUCCAACAGAGCCCAUUGUGCUAUUCCACAGUCGUUUCUUGGAACUACAACAACAAAAAGGGAAGGAAUUUUGUCCACUUGAUCCUGAUACUGAUUCACCUGAGAGUCCCCACCUCUGCCGUUCUACCUCUUCCAACAUGUCACAAAUACCACUGGAUGGAGUUUCCCCCUCAUACCAGUCUCCCAUGACAACCCCGAUGGGCCUGAAUCACAAGCCAGAUCAGUCACUACAGAAAGGCACUCAAGCUUUCUCAACAACAUCUCUGCCUACAGUACCCACAUCGUCAUUUCAGCUCCGACCUGAUGCCAAAUCAGAUCGUUCAGGACACCGCUCAAUUGAUAUGGUGCAGCUUUUGACGAAAUAUCCCAUCAUGUGGCAAGGUCUUUUGGCAUUGAAGAAUGAUCAAGCUGCUGUCCAGCUGCACUUUGUUUCUGGCAACACUUUACUGGCUCAGCGCUCACUGCCACCGCUAGAGGGAGGUCCUCUUCUUCGCAUUGUUCAGAGGAUGAGGCUUGAAGCAUCUCAGCUGGACAGUGUUGCAAGACGGAUGACUGUGGAAAACGAUUACUGUUUGCUCCUUGCUCUGCCAUGUGGUCGAGACCAGGAUGACGUACUAAGUCAAACGCAAGCAUUGAAAACUGGCUUCAUCACCUAUCUGCAGGCCAAGCAAGCAGCUGGCAUCAUCAAUGUGCCCAAUCCUGGCUCUAAUCAGCCCGCCUAUGUGGUUCAGAUUUUCCCACCAUGUGACUUUUCCGAGAGCCACCUGUCCCGCCUGGCCCCGGACCUUUUGAACAGCAUCUCCACUAUUUCACCUCACCUCAUGAUCGUCAUCGCCUCUGUUUGA